GUCUAAUGCGGUACUGUACGUAUCUAGGUCAUAAUUUUAGCAUUAUGACCCAUGUAAAGAGUGCUAUUUUCAAGGCUGAACAACCUGAUUGGCUGAUACAUUUCGCGCAAAACUUGAGGCCAGAAAACUCAAAGAUCGAAAAAAUGACUCAUUUGAUUCAAUUUCGGAAGAAAGAAGAAAAACCCCAAAAUGAUUUCCGCAAAACUUCAGAAAACAAGGGACUAGAGAAUUUUUCACACGUUAGUGCUGUAGUAAUAGCAAGUUUUCUCGUCAUUACGACGAAUUCCGAAUUGUUUCGGUCAAGAUGAAAAACCGCUCUUUAAUAUCGUAACAAACCAAACUGAAUAAUGGCACCAUAUGUAUGUAUCCUGAAUCAGACGUCUAUCAUGGAUGGGAUACUGACCCCUGACUUCAAUAUGGAGGAAGCAUGAAUUGGACUGAGUAGGUAUCAGGGGAUUGAAAAGAGAUCUGCAACGAGCGUUGUGCCAUGGUUGUGCGUUCCACAGAAAACCGAGAACGAACACGCUAGCCUUUUUGUUCAUAAAUUUUGAUCCAAGACUUGAUACUGGUUUCUUUCAUUAUUCAUCCGUUGGAAGAAAGAUGGCCCGCUAGCUAGGCGGGUACGAAAAUGAAAAAAGAGCAACUGGCUCGUUUUUCGUACUCUCUUUUUCAGUCUCGAAGGACUGGCCAGCGUAUAUGAUACGACACGACAUACAUUGCACACGUUACAAAAAUAAGGCGAAAAGAGACAAAUUGUAUAUGCGAUACUCUACCUCCGUCGGUAAACGUCAUGAAGUAUCGAAACAAAACUGCCCACCGUCAAACUAUUUCACUUCAUAGACAGCACACAAGCGUCGGCAGGCCAUUCUUGAGUUACUAUAAUAAAGUUGUAGAGUGAAAGACUACUACAAGUAUCUUGGAACGCUUUGCAUUUUCCCUUUCUUAUGAAACUAUGCUAGUCAACCAAUUUCGAAAAGAAUUGUUGUAGGCAUGUUGCUGCAAUUGCCUUUUUCCAAUGCCUUAGACCGCAUCGGAGGAUAUUCUUUUCCCAUUCACAAUUUUCUCGGGGAGUUCAAUCAGAGUAGGAACACAGGAUUUUUGAUGGAUACAACCUAUCGAGAAUCGAUUGCUGGAACUAAGGAAGUAGAAACCUACUAGUUCUGUCGAAGUGAGUUGGAACUGCCAUGCUAGUGGAAGGCGUCACAAGGGUUCGGAGGCACACGUUUUGCCUCCUCCUUGGUUUGAUUAUAACUGCUGGGAUCAUAUCGAAUCAAUCGCAAGUAGAGGCAAUGAAAGCUUCUCCUCACCCCUUCGUGGUGGAACAGGAUGACGAGGAAAUUAUUCUGAAAAUGAAAGGCGACGAAUACCAGCACUGGAUCACCGAUGAAGACGGUAAGUAGUGUAGCCACCAAUGCGGUUUGGGCAGUUUGUGUUAUCAGGUUUGAUAACUCUGUAUAAAGUUUUGAAAUGCUAGAAGACCUGUCAGCUAAUGAAUAGCAUUUCAUUUUCUCGUUGCAGACUACACUGUGAUUCGUGACGAGAAAGGCUACUACAUGUACGCAGAGUUAUCUCCGGAUAAGAAAAGACUUCUGCCGACAGUAUAUAAGGUGGGAAGGACCUCCCGGAAACGCCCAAAAUCUAAAGAUCUCAAACCAACCCCCCAGAACAGCGACGAGGACAAAAAUGACAGACCAAUUUUGGAUGGUGAACCAGCAGUUACUACUUCGUCAAAGUCAAAGGCAAAGUCAUUGAAAGGAUGCGUCAGAGGCGGUGGGAACUCGUGCCGGAGCAGGAACGCCAACGAUGCGCUUUUUAACACCAACAAAAAGACAAACAAGCAAUACGACAUUAACGAUACCAUCAGAUUGGAUUCGUUCGAUAACCAUCAUCGCCGUACGGCCACAGUUCCAACGACCGGAACCCUAAAGAAUCUUGUCGUCUUGAUGAUGUUUGAGGAUCACAAAGGCCGACCGGUUCCAUCUCAAGAAAAUAUUUCAAUUCUAAUGAACAGCGAUGUUGUUGACGAAAUGUAUGCUCCCACUGGCAGUUUGAAAAUGAUAUAUUUGGAAAAUUCAUACGGAAAACUUACUAUUGAAUCAGAGGUUACGGAUUGGAUUGUCCUGGACAAAACCGAAAAAUACUAUGCGGACGGCGAGUCGGGUUUGGGAGCUAAUAAAAGGUUCCACGAGGCACUAGAAUAUGCACUCAACACACUAGAAGCCAGAGGUUUUGACUUCAAAAACUUUGAUAUAAAUGACGACGGAAGGAUUGAUAGCAUUUCAUUUUUGACAUCUGGCUACGGAGCAGAAUGGGGGGAAGGUAAUUGCUAUAGUUUUUUUCAACUUCUUGAUUGCUCCCGUCUUCUAACAUCACUUGGUUUUGUCUGAUAUGUUUUACGAUUUGUUUCACGAUUUGUUUUGUUUUGUUUUGAAAGAGGGGUACCAGGACAGGAUCUGGUCGCAUAAAUGGAAAUUAAGCACUGGUUGGCUUAGCGAAAGUAGUGGUGUCCGUAUCAAGGAUUACUUUGUCUCUCCAGCGCUUUGGGGAACCAGUGGGCAGGAAAUCGGCAGGGUGGGGGUUGUUGCUCAUGGUAUGUCUUUUCAGUAAAGAGAUGUUGAACACAAACCGUCGAAGACGAAGUCAAUUGCUAAUUACCUGUUUUUUUUUCUUUCUGAAUCUUAGAAAUCGGCCAUUUUUUAGGCUUACCGGAUCUUUACGACACUGAUGGUUCUGGUAAUGGACUCGGAUUUUUCUGUUUGAUGGCUAAUUCAUGGGGGCACGAGUAAGAAUGUUGUGCAAUCUAAGAAACUCCCGUUCUCGUCCAUUUGGAACAAAAAAUAUUCAUAUCCUCACACUUUUCACUUGAUAUUUCUGUUUCGAUACAAAGUGGGUCGCAACUUUAUCCACCUGCAAUGAGUGCGUGGUCGAAGAUGGAACUUGGAUGGACAGAGCCUCGAACUCCCACAAUAGGGAUUGAAAAUCGUGUAGCUUUAUCGGAGGGAUUUGCAAUUAGUAAUGCACCGCAUCAGCUAUAUAAGAUCGGUGAUGGACAAUUUGGCUACCCAGAGGGCGAAUACUUUUUGAUUGAGUUUCGGAAGUCAAGUUCGUUGAUGGGUGGGCUUGCAAUUUAUCACAUUGACGAGAAAAGCAAGAGCUACAAUAUAGAGGGAUACCCUGGUCAGAUGGACGGAGAGCUAGGAGAUGACGAAACAGCCAUUGAGUGGCCGGCAAAUGGAAACCACUACAAGAUUGCAUUGAUAGCGGCUGAUGGAAAGUUUGAGUUGGAAAGAGAUAUCAAUCAAGGGAAUUCGGCCGACCUGUACGGAAUUGGGGAAUCACUUUUGCCUUCUAAAAGUGACAAUGGUCCCUUCCCGAACACCGAUUCAUAUCAAGGUGGGAAUAUCGUUCGGACAGGUGUUCGAAUUUGCGUUACAUCGGUUCUUGGAGAAUCCUACAUGACUUUUUUGUUUUCAGAUGGCACCCMGAAUCAGCCAUGGAUGAUUCGCGUGGCUGAAAAUUUCGAGAACGGCUUCAGUAAUGCUCUGUCGUUAGGAUCGAAUGCAAGGGUGGGCCAAAACAAAAACUGUAGAGACUCUGCGUGCGCAGAAAUGAGAAAGAAUGCAAACAAUAACGAUAGAGAGAUUUUGUCGGCAAUGGUUGAAACCACUUGCCUGACCGAACUUCGUGUGUCCCUUGACUUUUAUUCGAAAGGUCUAAAAAGUGGAGAGCUCUUUCUUUUAGAGUACUCUGCAAGUGGUGGGUUGAACGAUGACUGGGUUAUCCUAAAGUCUUGGAGAAGGAACCGAAAUCGGUUCCGCAACAAAAUUUGGUAUUCGGACUCGGCAUCCUUAGCGUUGACCAACAUGCAAGUGUUCAACACGGAAACGCCCUUUAUUGCACUGCGCUUUCGAGCCCCGUCGAUGGCGAGAAGAAAAGCUAAGGUAUUGCUGGACAACUUCAAAAUCGAGGGGAGAUUUUAGCGGAGAUGGCUCACGCCCGUUCUCUCGUUUUGAAUUGAUUCGUCUGAUUCAUUCCAUUAUUGGUGUCAUCAAUGAAUUGCCUGCGAAAGAGAACUUUACAUUACUGCUGGUAAUAGUAUUUUUCGCGUUUUCCAAUCCACUUCAAAUAGAUUAAAAAUACAACG